UAUUUUGGGUUUGUGUUGUACAGGACAAACCUGAAAAAAAACUAUAGUGAGGAAACCCUACUGAUUUCACCUCUCAAUGGAGUUCAUGAUCGUGCUUAUAUCUCUGUGGAUGGGAUUCCUCAGGGAGUCCUUGAAAGACGCAAGUCACUUAUGAUAAAUAUAACUGGAAAGGCUGGAGCAAAUCUGGACCUGUUAGUAGAAAACAUGGGUCGAGUAAACUAUGGUAGAUACAACAAUGACUUUAAGGGUCUGGUUUCAAACUUAACGCUUGAUCAAGACGUACUUGUUGACUGGGAAAUCUACCCUCUAGACAUAGACAGAGCAGUGGGACAUGGCCUAAAAUGCGAUGAUGAUGAAUUGAAAACACCUGGAAAUACUCCACCAAGCUAUGAACUACCUGCUUUUUACACUGGUACAUUAUCUAUUCCCAGCGGGAUUCCAGACUUACCCCAGGACACCUAUAUUAGAUUUCCUGGUUGGACCAAGGGACAAAUCUGGAUCAAUGGCUUUAACCUCGGUCGCUACUGGCCAGCCCGUGGUCCUCAAAUGACCCUGUUUGUUCCAAGCAAUAUUCUUGUAUCGUCAGCACCGAACAAUAUUACAGUACUGGAGUUGGAGUGGUCUCCUUGCAGCAUCCAGGAAUGUGUCGUAGAAUUUGUAGACAAACCUGACAUCAAUGCAACAUUCCAGUAUGAAGGCAACAGUGAGAAGCUGUUCUCUAGAGAUUUAUGGCUGAGCCAUCUGUGAUGGCUAAGGAGUGAUUUCCAUAGCGUCUCCCUUUUUCUGCCCCAUGCCCUCAAAUUAUACACUUCUCAUAUGAAGAAUCAAUGUUAAUUGGUAUGUGGUUUAACUGUGGAAGCUUUUUCACAUCCCUAAAUGUGUAGUUGUUUUAUAAACAGGCGAAAGAAAACAUGAGGUUUCUUUUCAAAAUGAAGGUUCUAGUUUUCAAGUCAGUUUUCGAAUGAGAAACUGAACUUAAAUGGAAGAUCAUAGUGACGACAAGGUCAGACAAACAGAUAGCUCAGAGAACAGCUUGUAUGCAAAGCAGGCUCCUACACUAGUUGUUUUAACAUUUCUUGUGAAUGUGGAGAAACUUACCAUGAUAAGAACUAGGUGGUUGCACUAGCACACUUACGAAAUACUUGACUAUACAAGAGCAUCAGAAGGCUUGGGUAUCCCACGUACAAUUUACAUAUGACCUGGUUUCAUCUAGGCUUAAAUACCCAGUUAGUAUAAUUUCUGUUUAUUGCCUGGAGGGUUAUGUCUCCUCCCAACCCGUAACAUCUAAAUGACUUUUAAAAUAUUACAGAAUCUUCUGCUUCUGGGACCUGAAUAUCUAACAUACAUUGCAGCUGAAAUGCAAUCUACCUAUAGUAAUAUGAACAUCUGCAAGUGGCUUCUGGUUACAGGUCUGCCUGUUUCCCUUUGAUCAGUCAUUUCACUGAUACACACACACAUAUUUCUAUAUAUCUAUAGAUAGAUAGAUAGAUAAUUUGCUUUCUGUUUUUCAGCCUUUGAGAUUCACAUUAGUUAUCUUUAACAAUUUUUCAAGGACUAGAAAUUAUUUAAUCAAAUUUUAACUCUUGUGAAUAAUUAUCCCCAGGACUGGUGGUUAAAGGAAGAAAACCAGGAGUUAGCAACUUUAGCUCAUGUUUGACUUUCUCAAGCUAAACCAAUUCUUUGCCUCUUGCCUUGGGCAUCCUGGUUCCUACAGCUUCUCUGGGGUAUAGUAAUCCUAUCCUUG